GAGAGAGAGAGGAGCAACACCUGGAAGGAGUACUGCUGUGUCUGAGAACUGAGGAGGGGUGUCAGGAACGGAGGUUUACCUGCAGCCAUGCAAUGCUUAAGGACUACAGUUGCAAGGCUUCGGCCUUUAGCUGUCACACAGGCCACCCAGAGCCUGGCACAAUGCCGGCCAUCAAUGCCUGAAGGAGGCGUAAGGACGCUUCAGCCUGUGAGGAGCCUGAGUGAAUCUGCGGCUGCUGAACCGUUUCUCAAUGGAACCAGUUCUAACUAUGUUGAGGAGAUGUACUACGCCUGGUUGGAGAAUCCCAAGAACGUUCAUAAGUCCUGGGAUGUCUUCUUCCGGAAUGCCAAUGCAGGAGUCCCGCCUGGUGCAGCCUACCAACGUCCCCCAGCGACCAUUCCGUCCUCUGAUGGGAUGACCGUUGUCCAGGGACUGGUUGGAGCUCAACCCAAUGUGGAGAAACUGGUGAAAGACCAUCUAGCAGUGCAGUCACUGAUUAGAGCCUAUCAGGUACGAGGCCACCACAUAGCCAAGCUGGACCCCCUCGGGAUCAGCUGUGUGGACUUUGAUGAUGCUCCGUGUACCGUUGGUUUUCAAAAUGUCGGUUUAUACGGACUAACAGAGAAUGACCUGGACAAGGUUUUCCGGCUUCCCACAACCACUUACAUCGGCGGCAGUGAGAGCUCUCUGUCACUCAGAGAGAUUAUUCGCCGCCUCGAGACAGCCUACUGUCAGCAUAUCGGAGUGGAGUUCAUGUUCAUAAACGAUGUGGAGCAGUGCCAGUGGAUCCGACAGAAGUUCGAAACACCUGGAAUCAUGCAGUUUUCUUUGGAAGAGAAGAGAACCUUGCUUGGUAGAAUGAUCCGGUCCACCAGGUUUGAGGAGUUCCUCCAGAGAAAGUGGUCUUCAGAAAAACGCUUCGGUUCAGAAGGCUGCGAGUCGCUCAUCCCGGCCCUUAAGACCAUCAUUGACAGGUCCAGUCAGUGUGGAGUGGAGAGUGUGAUCCUGGGAAUGCCUCACAGAGGCCGGCUGAACGUGCUGGCCAAUGUCAUCCGGAAAGAACUGGAUCAAAUCUUCUGCCAGUUCGACUCUAAGCUGGAGGCUGCUGAUGAGGGCUCAGGAGAUGUGAAAUAUCAUUUAGGUAUGUAUCACCGGAGGAUGAACCGAGUCAGUGAUCGGUUCAUCACCCUGUCGCUCAUGGCCAACCCAUCCCAUCUGGAGGCUGUGGACCCGGUGGUGCAGGGGAAGACCAAAGCUGAGCAGUUUUACUCUGGAGACACCGAUGGGAAGCGGGUGAUGUCUAUUCUGCUCCAUGGGGAUGCCGCAUUUGCAGGCCAGGGAAUUGUGUACGAGACGUUCCACCUAUCGGACCUGCCGUCCUACACCACCCAUGGCACCAUCCAUGUGGUGGUCAACAAUCAGAUUGGAUUCACCACAGAUCCCAGGAUGGCCCGCUCAUCCCCAUACCCUACAGAUGUGGCCCGAGUCGUGAACGCACCCAUCUUCCACGUCAACGCAGACGACCCAGAGGCUGUGAUGUUUGUGUGUAACGUAGCGGCAGAGUGGAGGAACACCUUCCACAAGGACGUCGUCGUAGAUCUGGUUUGUUACAGGCGUAACGGCCACAAUGAGAUGGACGAACCAAUGUUCACCCAGCCACUCAUGUACAAGCAGAUAAAAAAGCAGAAAGGAGUGUUGCAGAAGUUUGCAGAAAAACUCAUUGCUGAAGGAGUUGUCACCAUACAACACUAUGAGGAGGAAAUAGCUCGAUAUGACAAAAUCUGUGAAGAGGCUUAUGCUCAGUCCAAAGAUGAGAAGAUCCUCCACAUCAAACACUGGCUGGACUCUCCUUGGCCAGGUUUUUUUACUCUAGAAGGUCAACCUAAAACCAUGCGCUGCCCUUCCACCGGCAUCAGCGAACAUGAGCUCUGUCACAUUGGAAACAUUGCCUCCUCUGUCCCAUUGGAAGAUUUCACGAUACAUGGAGGGUUGAGUCGUAUUUUAAAGGGACGUGCAAAUAUGGUGAGCCAACGUAUCUGUGAUUGGGCCCUCGGAGAAUACAUGGCCUUCGGCUCUCUGCUCAAAGAGGGCAUCCAUGUGCGUCUCAGCGGGCAAGAUGUAGAGAGGGGGACAUUCAGCCAUCGGCAUCACGUUCUCCAUGACCAGAACGUUGAUAGAAGGAUUUGCAUCCCCAUGAACUACAUCUCUGCAGAUCAGGCUCCUUACACUGUCUGCAACAGCUCUUUAUCUGAGUACGGAGUCCUGGGUUUUGAGCUAGGCUUUGCCAUGGCCAGUCCCAAUGCUCUGGUUCUGUGGGAGGCCCAGUUUGGAGACUUUCACAACACAGCUCAGUGUAUUAUCGACCAGUUUAUCAGCUCGGGACAGGCCAAGUGGGUCCGACAGAACGGCAUAGUGCUGCUGCUCCCUCAUGGCAUGGAGGGGAUGGGUCCAGAGCAUUCAUCAGCCCGUCCUGAAAGGUUCCUACAGAUGUGUAAUGACGACCCAGAUGUUAUUCCUAAUCUGUCUGGGGAUUUUGCGGUGCAUCAACUUCAUGACUGUAACUGGAUUGUGGCCAACUGUUCCACUCCUGCAAACUACUUCCACGUCCUCCGCAGACAGAUCCUUCUGCCCUUCAGGAAGCCUCUGAUUGUGUUUACUCCAAAGUCACUGUUGCGCCACCCAGAGGCCAAAUCGAGCUUUGAUGACAUGCUGCCUGGUACCCACUUCCAGCGUCUCAUCCCAGACGAGGGACCAGCAGCAGUCAGUCCACAGGAAGUAAAAAGGGUCAUUUUCUGCACGGGCAAAAUCUUCUAUGAGCUCAUCCGGGAACGCAAGACCAGAGGCAUGGAUGAUGCUGUUGCUAUUAUCCGUAUUGAACAGCUGUCCCCGUUCCCCUUUGACUUGGUGAAAGCAGAGACUGAUCGCUACCAGAAUGCUGAUCUGGUUUGGUGUCAGGAGGAGCAUAAGAACCAGGGUUACUAUGACUACGUCAAACCCCGCCUUCGUACUACACUGCGUCGUACCCGCCCCAUCUGGUACGCCGGCCGUGACCCGGCAGCAGCUCCGGCUACAGGGAACAAGCACACCCACCUCACAGAGCUUCAGCGUUUACUGGACACGGCCUUCGAUCUGGAGAAGUUCCCAGGGAAACCGCAGCGUCCCGUCUAACACAGAUCUGACCUACCUGCUCGACGUCAGGGUCCAUAAAACCGGCAUCUCUACCGUUUUAAACGGCAAACACGAAACUGUUGACUCUGUUUCCAUAAAGGCUCCUUGUUUAAAGUGAAGGACAAGACAAACAAUGCCUUUAACUUGCACUGAAUGUGAUCAUUGUUCAAGACAAGUUGUAAUUUGUUUUUAUAGCUGAUCAAAAAUAUAUUCUUGAUUGUUGAGUAAAAUAGUUGCUGGUGGAGAAAUAAGUUGAAUAUUUUUUUAAUAACAAACAAAAACAAUGUGGGUAAACAUUCAGGCCUCACAA